GGAAAAAACUGACUUCAAUCCAUCGAGAUUAGCCAACCACCGAGUCUCAAAAACAGUAUUAUGGCCUCGGAGGAGCUUUACGAGGUCGAGAGAAUUGUGGGCAAACGUAAGAACAAGAAAGGGAAGACAGAGUACUUAGUGCGCUGGAGGGGGUAUGGCUUUGAGGGAGACACCUGGGAGCCAGAAUCUCAUUUGACCAGUUGCAUAGAGUUCAUCCAUGAUUUUAAUCGGCAGCACAGCGAGCGGCGAGAAGGAGCUUUCAACCGGUCCACUCGCAGUUCCCCAAGUACAGGCCAGGGUCACGGCCAACCCUCCCUUCCCUCCACCACCAACAAUAACAACGCCCGUAAACAGAUCAGCAGACCUCAGCAACACAGCAGCACUGUAAGCCACACUCCCAUAAAGACUGGGAACUCUUCCCCAGUUACCCCUACAGCCAGUGUCACAAAACGACCGCAGCAGCAGCAGCAGCAGCAUCACACAUCCAACACCAGUGAUUUGGAUGCGAAGGCAGACACGCAACAGCAACAGCUUCUGUCAGGUCAAAAAUACAGACGCUCUCCCGGUGUCAGCAAUAACAGCACCGGAGACACAAACAACCUCACAGGCACAAAUCCCACUGUGGCCCCUACCGUCAGCAGCGUACGACGGAGCAUGGACCUAGCUAAGACUGGUAUCAAAAUCCUGGUGCCAAAGAGCCCGAUGAACAGUCGGACAGAUGCCGAGGAAUCUCCUAGCGAGGCGGCACACAGCCUGGAUCAGGGCGGGCAGGAGCCAGACUCGGUGCCCCCCGAAGUGGCCCUGCUAGAGAAGCCUGUAGCAGUCCAACUUGGUCCCGGAGAAGAGAGGGCACGAAUGGGUACCCGGCCCAGGACGCAGACAGCUCUUCCACCGCCACAGGUCCCAAUUACACCUGCUGCUGUGCGCACACUUAAUGGGAAAGGUACAUCCACAUUUAUGGAGGCAUCAUCAGCCAACGGGACAGCCAGUUUACGGAACGCGGUAGCAGGUGUGACUGGCUCCUCGAGCGCUACAGGGAAGCGGCGCUUUGAGGAGCGAUCUGCUUUUGACAAGCGGCAGCGUUUCAGCGUACGACAAACAGAGAGCGCCUACCGUUACAAGGACAUUGUGGUGAAGAAACAAGAUGGCUUCACACACAUCCUGUUUUCUACCAAGACCUCAGAGAACAAUUCGCUGAACCCUGAUGUGAUGAAGGAAAUCCAGAGUGCCAUGGCAACUGCUGCAGCUGAUGACAGUAAGCUGGUCCUACUGAGUGCUGUGGGCAGUGUUUUCUGUUUCGGCCUGGACUUUAUCUACUUAGACAGAAGACUAAAAGAUGACAGGAAGAAAGAGAGCAUUAAGAUGGCUGAAACAAUCAGAACAUUUGUAAACACAUUCAUCCAGUUCAAAAAGCCCAUCGUUGUAGCGGUAAAUGGGCCAGCAAUUGGACUUGGUGCUUCCAUUCUGCCCCUGUGUGACGUCAUCUGGGCCAAUGAGAAGGCUUGGUUUCAGACCCCAUACACCACCUUUGGUCAGACUCCAGAUGCCUGCUCUUCGCUCACCUUUCCCCGCAUUAUGGGCGUGGCCUCGGCUAAUGAGAUGCUGCUGAGUGGGAGGAAGCUGACGGCCCAGGAGGCCUGUGCCAAAGGCCUGGUGUCCCAGGUGUUGUGGCCAGGGACUUUCACUCAGGAGGUCAUGGUGCGCAUUAGGGAGCUAGUCUCUUGUAAUUCAGUUGUUCUUCUCGAGUCCAAAGCAUUGGUGCGGAACGCUAACCGUGCUGCCCUGGAGCAGGCCAACGAACUGGAGUGUGAGGCACUAAAGAGGGUGUGGGGCUCUCCUCAGGGCAUGGACUCCAUCUCAAAAUAUCUCGAGAAGAAGAUUGAUGAGUUCUAACUUGAGCAAAGGCCUACUCAAAACCUGACUCAAAGCGUCUGAGCAGCAAGUCCACCCAAAAGUGCCUAAUACAGGAAAAGAGAGGAGUUUUAACUCUGACAGUACGGGCUGUACCUCUCUCCAUUUAUAAACCAUUUGAAGAGACAGAAUAACGGGAGGUUGUUUGACAACUCAAAAAGACCCAUUUUUUUCCCACAUGACUAUAGCAGUAUCUACCCAUAAAGAAAGACUUAUCUCCCACACACACACACAC